UCUCCCAUCAUGGCGACGUUGACUCGCACCUCGCAAAAAUUAUUAAAAAACGCGAAUUUUUCGCAAUUAACUACACGAAAUAUUAGUUUUGUGAAUAGAAAUAACUACAGAAAUGUGUGGACAACGUGUGCUUGUGUUGUUGGUGCCGGUGUUUUGUUCUACGCCGCUAAAAAUAGAUAUGGAAGGCACACCGUUUACGCGCUUAAAGCGAAGCAACCCGACGAGCUGGCGAGGUCGGUGAAGCUGACGUCGCGCGAGCGUCGCUUCAUCAAGUUCGCGAGCGUGGAGCACGGCGGCCAGCUGUACAUGACGCCGCAGGACUUCCUCGAGUCGGUGGUGGAGCAGGAGCCGAGACCUCGUCUGAAACGUCGCGUGCUCACCACGAAGGAGAUAGAGCAGUUGCGAGAUCAAACGCCGCCGCUGAAAAAGGGCUCGUCGCAGAUGUUCAGGAAUAUGAGGGACAGAGGAAUAAUAUCGUACACGGAGUACUUGUUUCUACUGUCGAUUCUAACGAAGCCAGCCUCCGGUUUCCAAAUAGCGUUCAACAUGUUCGACACGGACGGGAAUCAGCGUGUCGAUAAGAAUGAGUUUUUAGUCCUGCUUUCCUUAGUAUCAACGAGUUCCAUCAAGAACAGGAUCAGUCAAGGCGAAGACAAGCCGAAACCGUCUGUUAUGGAAAAGAUAUUCAGCUUUGCGUGGCGUGACAAGCGAGGUAUAACAGAGGAGGGGAGCCAGGCGGGAGGGAGCAAGGAGGAACCGCAGCACGCCUACAUCAAUGAUGACCAGGGGCUGCAGAGGAGGCACAAUGUGGAUACUAUGCUGCAGGUGCAUUUCUUCGGCAAGAAAGGCAACAGCGACCUGAAGUUCGAGGGCUUCCGGCAGUUCAUGGAGAACCUGCAGACUGAAGUGUUGGAGCUGGAGUUUCAUGAGUUCUCCAAAGGCCACGAAACGAUCUCCGAAGUGGAUUUCGCGAAGAUUCUACUCCGAUACACGUAUCUAGACACGGACGAAUACGACAUGUACCUGGACCGAUUGCUCGAUCGUGUCAAGUACGGGCGAGGCAUUUCCUUCCACGAGUUCAAGACCUUCUGCCAGUUUCUAAACAAUCUGGAAGAUUUUACAAUCGCGAUGCGCAUGUAUACGCUGGCUGACCAUCCCAUAUCCAAGGACGAAUUCCACCGCGCAGUGAAGAUAUGCACCGGCAUAUCGCAAUCGGAGCACCUCGUGAGCACCGUGUUUGCGAUCUUCGAUGCGGACGGCGAUGGCCUGCUGAGCUACAAGGAGUUCAUCGCCAUCAUGAAAGAUAGACUGCAUAGAGGGUUUAAGUCUUACGCGAAAAACGAAGGAUGGGAAGCCUUCAAGUCAUGUGUGAAACAGGAGAUGAAGAGUGCUGUUUAAACCUCAGCAGAAGUUUUUAUUUAGAACAGAGAAAAGAAUGGAGUAGUACGUUAUGGGACGAUAAAAAGGCCCAGUGGGCUAUAGCUAAAAUGAAAAGAUUUUGAUUCACACUUUUAAUAAUUAGUACAUACGUUUCAAAUAAUUUUAUAGCAACCAAGUUUGUACACUUAUAAGUAUGUUUAAUUGCUAUUUUAAAAAAUUUAUUAUGUUGGUAAUGUUCAAUCAACAACUUACACAUCAUGAAAAAUUUAUCGACGUGGGUAUUUAAAUAUUCAAUGAAUAAUAUAAUAAUAUCCACUCCAUUCUUGUCUCUGUUCUGAAGACAGUUAGUUAAUCUUACAUGCUCUCCUAAUUCACGCACAAAUACCCUUGCUCUAUAUCCACUUUACAUUUUUUAAAGUUUUGCUAUAUAGUUAGGAAAAUCUUACAUUUGUUGUGACAUAUUAUUUUUUAAUUAAUUUAUAUAAGAGUUAGUUUCUAUUUAUUUAUUUAUAUAAUAAUUAAAUGUACCACCCGAAAUUAUAAAUUGUUGCGAUUGUUAAGUGAUUAAUAUAGAACAUAAGGCGACCUUAUCGGUUAUCAGCGAUCUCUACCAAUCAACUGCCCAAAGUAUAAAGAAAAAGGUAAAAUAAAUGCGGAUAAAUUUUAUUUCAUUUCAUAACAUUACCAAGUGCAUGCAUUUUAAUAAAUGAAACUAAAAAUCAUGCGUCUGAUUUAUAGGUCAUGGUGUAUUUAAUAAAAGCAUUUAAUGCUUAAGACAUCUCAUAGUGUUUUAUCGCAGAUCACAAAAUAUUUAAAAAUUUACUCUGAGAAUAAUGAAUACAAGCGAAAUUACACUAACUUAUGCAUUUUACCUUAUAAGCACAUUUAAUGACAUUAGCACUCAGUCACUAGUCUCAAUGCGUAUUGAAUACACGUUGAUUGACAUAAGUAUAGAAUUAUUGCGUUUAUUCAUAUUUUUUACCACUUAUUUUAAUA